GAAAUGAAGGUGCAGUGGAAAUGAUUUUAAAUAGCAGCUUCUUCUCCAGCAGAGGUCUAAAUUUCACUGGCUACUUGGAAGCUUGGAGACCACAGCGGGAACUUUUUACUGAUGGAGGACCCUGAAAAGAAGCUGACUCAGAAGAGCGACGGCAAACCCCGGAAAGUACGGUUUAAAAUCUCCUCCUCCUACAGUGGUCGAGUGUUGAAACAGGUUUUUGAGGAUGGGCAGGAAUUAGAGUCGCCAAAAGAGGAAUACCCUCACAGUUUUCUACAGGAGGCCCUUGAACCAAUGGAUGGUGUUUACGGGUCUGGGGAAGCCCCCAAGCCUCAGCUGUACUCCCCUAAGCUGACUGCUCAGAGGAUCAGCGUGUUCAGAGAGGGCAGUACCUACACUCUGGCGGGCAGCCAGUCCCUGUUCAAUGAUUACAAGGCGAAUGACCAUAAGCCUCCACCUAUUAUAGAUUUUGGAAAGAUAAUCAUCUACACAAACAACCUGAAAAUCAUCCGAACCCCAAUGGACAAGAAGGACUUCAUGAGGAAAAUUCUCCAGAAGGAGGAGGAGGCUGAGGAAGAGGCCCUGGUGAGCAAAGAGGAAAACUGUGAAGACGGACCCCAGAAUGAUAGCCCCCUGCCGGAGACAGAAGGCACAUUUCUCCACAGCCAGCAGGAUGGGUUGCUCCCUGAAGAAAACUGUCUCCACUGCCAUGGGUCAGGCAGCGCCACCUGUUCUCUGUGCCAUGGCAGCAAGUUCUCAAUGCUGGCCAACAGAUUCAAGGAGUCCUAUCGGGCCCUCAGGUGCCCUGCCUGCAACGAGAAUGGCCUGCAGCCUUGUAGCAUUUGCAACCCAUAACCCUGGCUUUGCGUAUCUGUUUUUAUUGCACUUUCUCAAAAGCUAUUCCUAAUAAACGGCCCCCCUCUUCCCCUCCUGCCUCUCUCAGCAAGGGAGCUACUGCAGCU